CUCUAAAAAAAAAGAUACAUCACAAAGCCGAUUUGCCCCCAUAGUAGAAAAAACAAAAAGGAAAAGAAAAGCCGAUCUUCCCAUUGGGAAAUCGAAAUAACAUCUGGACUGGAGCGGCCGCUCCCUGCCUUUGCACCUCCAGUCCAGCGAAACGGCGGCCGGCGACCGAGGCGCGGCUUCCUUUCCUGGCGCACGGCCAUCCCCCCAUCCGCUCUCCACUCCGGGAACGGAACAGCCUUUUUUAGUGGCAGGAAACAAUCUGAAUCAAGGCAAGGAUUUUUGUGGUGAUGUCCUUCCUGAGACUGUUACCUCAAAGGUUGCCCCAGUUUGCUAGGCAGGUGGAGCGAGAUGUUGAGACUGUAAUCAAUGUUCUGCAGCCAGGUCCAAUAGGAAUUGUGGAGCACAAAUUCACCGAUGCAGAGAUCCGCGAGGCGCAAGGCACAGUAAGGAGCGCAGUCCAGAAUUGGCGAAGGAACUGGAAUUUGGAGAGAAAUCUUGCCACUGGUUCUAUUGGUAAAUCGAAGUAACUCUCUGCAUCAUGACUUGGUGCAGCACCAACACUGAAAAUGAAAGUGUGUCGUAGUUGCAACUGUUGGCCUUGGUGUAGUUGGUAUGUUUUCUCUGUCAGUGGACCCAUGCAAUUGAUGGUGAAAUCCUUCCAUGAUCUAUUAUCAGUGAAAGUACACGCUGUUUGAGUU